AUGAACAAGUUAUAUGAAGAGAUUGCGGAAUGUGAACCAGAUCAAUCAUGGAAUUGUAAAUCUGAAGUCUACUCUCAGACUUCAUACCCCAAAAAUGAAUUCCUGAAUAGCCUAGAAGAAGAGGAGGAAAAGGCUUGUUCCUCUGAUUCCACAAAUCAGGAGGGUACCAGUUUUGAUGAAAGAGAUUUUAAUUUGGAUCAAACUGUGAAGACAUGGUCCGAUUUCAACCGCAUGUAUUAUCAUCCAAAAAGUGUCAAUGCCAUUUCAGAGUUUCGACUGGAUAACGAGAUUUUUCCCUUUGACGUAUUUACAUACGGAAAGAAUGCUUUCGUGAAAGACGAGAAUGAAGAAAACUCUUUUGAAGAAAAUUUUAGAUUUUUCGCCGAAGAAUGCGAUACCAUACAGGCAAGCUUGAUUGGUCUCGGAUUUCAAGUGACAGCGGAUGUUAUCGAUGGAUUUGGUGGAUUCGCGUGCGGCUUUCUUGAACGAUUACGUGAAGAAUACCCGAAGAGUACAAUUUUGAGUUUUGGCAUAACCGAGGCCCAGAAAUUGGCACCACCCGGGCAGGGUGGCUAUAUGAAACAGACGUUUAAUUCUUCUCUUAGCGUAGUGCAAUUGUCAGAGAUGUCUUCGUUGUUCAUACCUCUGAGCACCUCCCCACCCUACAGACCAAUGCCCAGAUUUAUACAGCCAAACAAUUUCCCGAUGACGUAUGGACAGUCCAUCGUGGUCAGGGGAAUACCGGGGGAUAAAUCAAAGAAAUUUUUUGACUUCAAGCCGAAUUUAUUUCAACAGUUACAAUUUGCUAGAAAUGGAAGCGAUCAUUUCUAUGCAACAGGUUUAGCCUACCCCAUUCCAAAUUCCUUUCCCAACAUAUUUAUGAAUUUGAACUCGGAUGGUUAUGUCGACAGUUCGAGAACCGUAUCCACGUGCAAGGUUAAAUCAGUCCCCGUGCUUACCAAUGUUACCGUAUCUACUCGAACACAUGCGUUGCUACAAGAUUAUGUAAACUCGCUUCAAAAAGCCAAUUUUGAUCUUUUGCCUGAAUUCAAAGACGGAACCAAUGGUAUGUCUCGUGAUGAUUUCGUGGAAACGAAAGAAGCGUUGCACGCUCUCUGUGAGGCAUACGAAAACGAUCAAUCCAUGCCUUAA